AUGCUGGCACAGCUUGUUGACAUCAUGCGUUCUGAAAGAGGAACGACAGCACCGUUGUCUGUCAGCAAACAUGCCUUUAAAAGAUAUCUCACCAGCUUCCCUGAUGGUCAAGCUGUUGUUCAGCAGAAGAAGAGUGAACGCUUAAAGAAGACAGCGCAAACUCAAGCGAAAAGUAAGAUAUAAAACUUUGUAUAUUUACGAAUAUAUUCGUGUAAAUGUUCUCCUGUCAUUUGUUUUUGUAUUUUUAUAAUAUUCACUGAGUUAUAUUGUAAUAAUAAUAUGUAUAUUCUCUCCACAAUCAUACAACAGUACAUUGCUGAUUUUUAACAAGUGCCGGUGUGUACACCAGAGUUAGGCAAGUGUUAGAUAUAGAUGGGUACUAUAUUCUAGCUGCAGAGUACUUGGAGCGUCUGAAAUGUGGCAGGGAACUGAUUAGUUGGAGUCCAGCAGUCAUUAAGCAACUGGAUGAUGGACAUGAACUUCAGUUUCAUGACACACAAGUAUGCCUGCGACGUUAGGGUUGUGCGCUUGCUGCGGACGAGGAGGCUGGGUAACAGCUCGACUCAGUUUUACCGGAAACUAGAACAACAACACGAGGAAACCUGGUUGACAAAGUGUGCCCAAUACCUUUCGGACUGCCAGCACUUCGCCAAGGCUAGAGAUCGAAGGAUGCAGACUUUGUCGACACCGGAAAACCCCCAGAGAGAACUCUUGUCCCAAAACCCAAUGGUUCUUGACAAGCUGUUGUCAAGAUGUCCUGUCCCGAGUCGAGGAAGUCAAGGCUCAGAUAACGUCUGUCUUUGGAAGAAUCCUUAAAAUUGACUGAACAAAAAAGGUAAGCUUUCCUUUCCCAAACCGUAUUAAACUCUAUGUUGGAUCACAUCUUAUAACACAUACGUCAGCGUGCUUGCUUUAAAGGAAAGCCUUUAUUGUGAAGGUUCGAUUCCUUCACCGUGCAAUUAAUGUAUUAUAUUCCUUCCUACAUUGAGUACUUAUAAUAAUCUAGUUUCAAUUAAUUUAAAUUAGUUUAAUAAUACAAUAAUUUCAAUUAUUUCAAGUAGUUUCAAUUUUUACAAAAAUAGUAAUUUAUCAGUUUGUAAUCUGUGUGUAUUGUUCUUGUUAAGAUUGCUAAGAAGCUGGCUGGGAAGACUUCUUUUACUGCUGCCUGGGCGACCAACGUUGGGAACGAGUUUGGCCACGUGUUCGCGAGUGUGCUUACUGCUGCAGAAGGUAACGGUCUACAACAGCUGGCAACUGGUCUCGUUGACUGUUACGAGAAAGCUGGUGUGAGUCCUCCUGAACUUGUGUACACAGAUCGUGAUUGCUGUUGUGUAGGAGGAAUAAAGGCUAUGUUUUCUGUGCAAAUUAAACAUUAAUGGCACACUGUCCAAUUUAACCCAAUUAACGAAUCAGAAUCGCGUAAAUUGACUGUAAUGAUAUUAAUAGGAAAUUGCAUUUGUUCUCGAAGUAUUAAUGAAAAAUUGCAAAAAUCAGUAAAAAUUAAAUUUGAAAAAUAGAAUUACAACUAAAAAUAAAAUUAGCUUAUAUUAAAAAAAAACCAAUAAAAAAUUAAAAUAAUUAUAUUAAAUAAAAAUUAAAAUACUAUGUAUUUGUAGAAUUUCCAUUGGCUAACAGUUGGCGGAAGGGUACUUUGGUCAUCGGUUGAUUCUGUGGAUGCCAAAGAAGCUAUGGCGGUAUCGGCUGGUGUGUCCAUUUCGGGAGACGUGUAACAACCACAAGCUCACAUCUGCAGGUCUGUACCCGGUGGUUCGUCAAGUGUUGGAUGUGGAUUGUGUGUACUACAUGGCGACUGAGUAUUUGGAGUGCUCGCAUUGCAAAAAAAGGUCAUUCCAUGGAGCGCACCAAUCCUUUCCCAGCUUGAUUUGGGCCAUUGGAAUCAGUUUCCUGCAAUUGUUACACACAAGUAUGCGUGUGAUCUUCGAGUAAUUAGGUUGUUGCGCGACAAAGGUCUCGGCAAUGGUCCUUAUCGUCUGUGCAAGACCAUCGUGGAAGAACACAACGAAAGGUAUCUGCAAAAAUCGUUGGCUAACUUGACGCAGUGCAAGUCGUUUCAGAACGCCAGUAACAUCGGCCUUGUCACCCGACCAGCGUUGAGCGAACCACCACCAAUGGCAACCGUCCCAAAGUUCCGCUGGUUGUUGUCGGUUUACUGCCAGGAUGUGUUGCUGCGCAUCGACGAAGUAAAGUCAUCAUCACCAGUGUUUUUGGCAGGAUUCUGAAGAUGGACUCCACCAAGGUCUAAAAAUACCACUAUAUAUAAUAUUUAAACAAUUACGAAACUCAGCGGUAUUUGUAUAGGCCAUAAGACGUCUCCAACUAUUAAAUUUAUGUGCGUUGUUUUAUUGUGCAUAAUAUAUUAUUAAUGUUAAAUAAACUGUUCCCUCCAAUUUUUCUCUAAUAAACAGGUUGCUAAAAAAUUGGCUGGUCCUGCUGCUAAAACAGCCGAGUGGAUGACGAACGUUGGCAAGGAGCACGGGCAGAUACUGGUCAGCGUGAUGACCGCAAAGGAGAGAAAUGGGCUUAGCAAGAUGGCAAGUGGCAUUGUCCAGCGAUACGUUGACGCAAGAGUGGAUCCUCCUGUCCUGAUGUAUGUUGAUCGGGAUUGUUGCUCGGGGAAAACAAAACAUCUUUUUCCUGGAUGGGGGGACCUUUUGGUUAGACUGGACAUCUCCCACUUCAUCCGGCGAAUUGUUACGGGGUGCUCCACAGAACCACAUCAGCUGCACAAGAUGUUUAUGAUCAGACUGUCUCAGUGUAUUUUCCAUUGGGAUAGUCAGGACGUUGAGCGUCUUAAGGUAGCCAAGAAGAACGAGCUGGAGAAGCUGGGGAUGCAGCCAGGACGAGAAGGACAUCCUUCGUAA